AUGGAAACUCAGCCAAUCGUAUUGUUCGCCGUCUUGGUGGUUUCCCUGAUGCACGCGGGCUGCGUAAAGAUCUCUAAUCGCGGCGCGCUCGUGGGAGAACAUCGUAAAGCCUUCGUAGGUUCAUAUUCCGACCUCAGUCUCCAGUCGUAUCCCAGGUACCCGCUGUACAUGAUGCAGUUAUACAGAGACGUAAGCGGUAAGAUGCCUAGUACUCCAGCCAGUGCCGACAGCCCAGCUCUUCAUCAGUCUGACUUCGUCCUAAGCCUGAUUGCACAAGACUGUCAUCAAAUUGGCGAGCGAUGGACCAUCACUUUUGACACGUCUUCCCUCUCAGCGAGCGACAGCAUUCAACUUUCGGAGCUCCGCGUCCGGCUGCCAGCGUUUUCUGCAUCCAGACGCGUUAUUGUGGAUGUCUUCCACUUACGCAAACGGGAUUGUGAGUCUGACUCUGUGUUUUGUCGCCAUAAGCGACUUUUUAUAGGUAGCAUCAAGUCAGUGCCCGGCACUCCAACAUCAACCUGGAGAGUUUUCAACAUCACAGAGCUACUCGAGCACUGGUUGAGUCAGGGGACGGAGACACCUGAGGACGGAGAGGACACCGGGAGCGGGGAAGACUUACCUGAACCGGUUACAGAUAGCUGGCGACGAAAAAUCCAGCAUCCCACUGCAGAACGAGUUAUGAUUGUAGUUUUCUACAAAAACAAAUUUUCCCACACUGGCCGACAACGUGCCUCCAGCUUGAUCAGUACUGUGGCGCACUCCAAAUAUGUCGUCCUGAACCGGGCACCAGACGCAGCUCAAGCUCGUCGCCACAAAAGGAACCGGGUCGAAAGGAUCUAA